UUUUAUCAUUGAGCUUCGAGGAAAAACAUACUUAUUUAUAGGUUGCUAAUGACGUCACGGGAACCUGUUGAUAGCGUACAAAAUGGCGUAUCAAGCAGGGGGCACAGAUAAUAUUUGUCUGAUUACAGACUCAUACAAGGUUACACAUCACUAUCAGUACCCACCUAAUACCACAGUAGUUAGUUCAUAUUUUGAGAGCCGGGGAGGAAAAUUUCCAACAACUGUGUUCUUUGGUCUACAGUAUAUCUUGAAGAGAUUUUUAACGGGACCAGUAGUAACCAAAGAGAAAAUCCAGGAGGCCAAGGAACUAUAUAAAGUUCAUUUUGGUCAUGAUUACUUUAAUGAAGAAGGCUGGAAUUAUAUAUUAAAGAAACAUAAAGGCCACAUCCCACUGAGAAUCAAAGCUGUACCAGAAGGAACAGUUGUACCAUACAAAAAUGUUCUCUUCACCGUAGAAAACACAGAUCCUAAAUGUUUCUGGUUAACUAAUUAUUUUGAAACUUUAUUAGUCCAGGUAUGGUAUCCAAUGACAGUAGCCACAAACUCUAGAUACCAAAAAGAAAUAAUUGCCCAACACUUAGAUGAAACAGCUGACAAUUUAGAUGGCUUGCCGUUUAAGUUACAUGAUUUUGGGUUCAGAGGAUCAACAUCAGUAGAGUCAGCUGGUAUCGGUGGAUGUUCCCAUCUUGUGAACUUUCAAGGAACUGAUACAAUAGCAGGAAUCAUGACAGCUAGAACCUAUUAUGGUUGUGAAAUAGCAGGCUUUUCCAUACCAGCAGCAGAACAUAGUACAAUUACCACCUGGGGAAGAAAUGGUGAAUAUGAAGCUUUUAAAAACAUGUUAACAAAUUUUCCUACUGGACUUGUUGCUUGUGUUAGUGACAGCUAUGAUCUGUGGAAUGCCUGUGAGAAAGUCUGGGGUGAGGAACUGAAGGAUUUAAUUGUGUCACGAGGGGAUAAAGGAACUCUUGUUGUUCGUCCAGAUAGUGGAGAUCCACCAGAGAUUGUUGUCAAGGUGUUGAAUAUUUUAGGAGAUAAAUUUGGAACAUCAGUAAAUAGUAAAGGAUAUAAAAUGUUACCUCCAUAUAUAAGAGUAAUACAAGGGGACGGUAUAAGUUAUGAAACAUUAGGUGCAAUUUUAGAAAAUAUGAAGAAACAUAAAUGGAGUGCUGACAAUCUAGCGUUUGGAAGUGGUGGUGCUUUAUUACAAAGAUUAGACAGAGAUACACAGAAAUGUGCUUUUAAAUGCAGUUAUGCAGUCAUCAAUGGAAAAGAGGUGAAUGUCUUCAAACAGCCAAUCACAGAUUUGGGUAAAAAGAGCAAGAAAGGUCGUUUAUCUUUAGAAUGUGAAAAUGGUGAAUACAAAACUCUAGAGGAAGGAAAAGGAGAUCCUAAAAAGGACUUACUUAUUACAGUGUUUGAAAAUGGAAAAUUAUUACGGGACUAUACAUUUGAUCAGGUUCGACAAAAUGCUGAAUUGCCAUUGGUUAAAGAAAGGAAGACAUCAUCAUAAUAGAAACCUAGUCAAUAACCAAGAUUACUUUUAUAUAUAAUGCAAUUCCUUCACAUCAACCAUAGGAGAUUUCUUCUACUGCCACACAAAUCAUUUACAAUCUCACUUGUUAACAUUUGUCAUAUGUUUGUAAGUCCAAAGUCCAAAAGUGAGUCUCUGGUGUGUUUGAAUAUUUUGUGUAUGGGAACAUUACUCUUGUAUAUAUUAUGGAUAAGGGUACAUUCCUCUUGUGAAUAUUAUGUAUAAGGGUACAUAACUCUUUUGAAUAUAAUGAAUAAAGGUAAAUAACUCUUGACUGUAUUAAUAACCGCUGAAUCUCCUUUAUACUAAUCUCGCUAUGACUUUACUGGAUGUCUAUUCUCCACCAUUAAUUUAUAUACACACUUUUUGUCUCUCCUGUAGUGAAAGUUGCAGAAGACAGACUCAAUUGUGCUGUUCAAGUUUGAAACCCAGUUUUCAACAGUUUUAGGUGGUUAUUUUGUAAUUAAUUGUAAACUAAGAGAUUAAUAACAUAAAUAUGUUGUCAGUAAGUAUUAAAACAAGUAAACAAAAAUAUAAAGCUCCAGGGAAAAUUCUAAUAAGGGAAGUCUAGAAAAACUGACAAUGCUAUCAAUCAACAGAACAAAUGAAAUUCAAACUUACAUUUUCCAGACAUUUUCCAAGUAGUAUUGGGUAAAACCUACUUGUAUGACAAUUGUUUAUAGUUAUGUAAUUGGAAAAAUUGGGUGCGCAACCCAAACACACAAUAGGUUAAUGUGACCAGAAUUUGGAUCCAGCAGCAAAAAAAAUAAAAAUAUCAUUUUCUUGAAUAAACACAUGAAAAGAAAAACUUUUUUCGUUAUUAUACUCCUAAACAAAAUUCCUUAAUCCAAGCUUUAGUAAAUUUGUUGCAUAUAUAUUCAUUGAUGUAAAGCACAAAAUGUAAGUAAUUUUAAUUGAUUUUAUUCUUAUCAAAGAAAGACAAUCUACUAAAAUUUGAAAUUCUAAUCUCAAACAAACUCUUUUUAAAAAAAAUCGAUGAGCAGAUAAAAAUAUUAUUUAAUAAACUUUAUUCAAUCAAUGAAGCUUUAGAAAAUAAAUACCAGAAAAAAUAUUACGAUGAUUUCUUUUUAUUAAGUUUUGGUUAUUGGAUAAUUAAAAUGAUAAAAAUUGUAUUUAUAUCAUAACAAGGUACCCUGUGCUAAAAUUUUCGUUAGAAUAUAGAAAUAAAUUUGUUUUCUAAGGUCUUGUUUUGUUUUUUUUAGUUUCUAAACAUUUUCUAUAAACUUUAUUACUUUGUAUCUGAAGUUGAUCUUCAAAUCUAAACCAAACUCCAAUUGACUAUUGCAUGAGACAUUGGAAUUGUAAAUUUGGUACAAUUAGAGAAUAAGUUUAUGGGUCAGGGAUGUAUACAUGCUUAGCUUGUCAUUAAAUCUCCAUAUAUUGUGAAAGCGAAUCAUUGUUGAACCUUUCUUUUUCUUUAUUAUGAUAAACACACAGUGUGGUGUAUUAAAAUAACCUUUUCUUUUACAAAGAUUUAACAUGGAAAAUUAUUGUUACUUUAAAAUGAUUGGGCUUGUAGAACCUACUUAUAGAUUUGUCAUGAAGGCUGGUCAUUCCAUUGUACAUGUUGCACAGUUUCAGUCAUGUCUAACUAUUUAUUUACCAUAAGCAUUCCUAAAUAUCAUCUUAGACAAGUCGGAGUUAAAUGAUUUAUUUUGUUUUCGUCUACAACACACUUCUGUUCACAAAAAUCUUACAGCCUGGCCUAUAAUGUAUUGCAAGUGACACUGUCAUAAGAUUUAUUUGAAAAUGACCACAGUUUGCACUACUGACUAGCUAAUGUCAAUAAAAUUACGUUUAUGAUAUUUUUUAUUGAACUUUAUGUAGUUUUUUGUUAAUUUUACAAUUUAAGUUUAUAAUUUUGUAUUGAGCACCUUUUUGUUUUUUCAUAACAUUUUUACUGAAUUUUUAUAGAAUAUAUGUAUAGUUGUAACAUUUUUGAAAGAAAUAUAUAUGUUUAUACAAUUGAGUGCUAAUAUUGUUAUACGUUCACAGAUCUAUAUACAGGGAUACUAGUAGCAAUUUAAAUUUGCAAAUUCAGGGGAAAGUUCUUCAAAUUUUGGGUAGUCAAUCCUUAUUGAGUAAAUUUUGAGGAGUUAGAAGGAUCACUGAUGCACAUAUCAUGAAUAAAAAUUUGACCAUUUUCAAAAUUUGUGUCUCCAGAUAAGAGUUUGCUGACAUAUCUGUUAAUGUAAAUUGCAUUCCUUUCAAAAGAGGUUUUAGUGAUUAAAAUGUCUUGCCAUGUUGACUUUAAAUGCCAUGAAAAUUCUCCUUAACAAACAAAUAAAAGUUGACUUUCAAGAUCAUUCUAUGGCUUUUUUUAGAGAUCCCCUUAAUAGAACCAGGAUCUUUGUAGUAUGUUUAAAGGACAAAAGGUGAAGGACACUUUUCUACUUAAGUAAUUGGCAUGACACAUCGAGGAAUAAACUACAUUUUAUUUUGUAAUGUCAGAAAUGAACAAGAGAAUUUAAUACUUGCACAUUAUCUUUGUUUUGUUAAUUGGUUAUUUAAACAUCAUAUUUUAAUACAAAUGUCAAAACUCAAAACCUAUCUUGCCACUUGUUUAAUUAACUGUUUGAUGUAGCUUAAGCAAAUGUCUGAAGCAGCUAUAUAUUUUUUCCAUGUAAAAUUUUUUACAAUUUGGUUAUGUUAAGAAUACACAUUCAGAUCAUGGUAAUGAGAGUUAAGUGAUUAAUAUUCAUUAGAUAUAUCAUAUUGUCAGUUAAUACAUUCUCAUUUGAUGUAAGAUGAAUAUUCCUUUUAACUGUCUCAUCUCUUUUUCUUUACAGCAAUGUAAAAGUUGUUUGAUCUUUACAAAUCCUUUCUAAUAUAUUUUAUGCAAAGUUAAUGUAAGUGAUUAAUUGUUACCGAUGAACCAAUUUAUAGCAAUAAAAGUUGUAAUAUAAAAA